CCUGUUUCUUCGGGGCAUUUUUGUAGUUCAUGUGCCGGAAAUUGUACAAGUACUCAUAAUUCUGAAUUAGUUCUAUUAGCGAGUGGCUAACAUCAGAUUCUUCAACGAAAAUUGGUUCUUCUGCCAUCUUUCCAAAAACAUAAACCUUCCUAAAUCAAUCCCUUCAAUUCCUACCUACCUAAAGGCUCAACGGCUUAGAUGCGCAAGACACGUGCGUAAGCAACCCGAAGAUAGGUUAAUACGACUGGUAUGGCAGGAAGCCCCAGAGGGUAAAAGACCAGUUGGAAGACUCAGAUUAAUAUAGCGAGACAACAUCGCUGUUGAUCUGAGAAAAUUGGGCGUCGAAAAUGGUACCAUAAAACAAAGCUUAUAUGAUGACCGACCGAGUUGGAUGGAGGCAAGUCGUCGCGUCAGCCAAAACCCAUCAGGGGCUGUAACGCUACGGAGUAAUUAAGUAAUUCCUACCUAUAGUUGGGUGGUUUCUGACCAAACACAUUAAUCUGAGUUUGUGAUAACAUACGCAGACGACGCACCGAUUGCUUGGGAACCUUCAGACCGCAGGCAUAGAUAAAGACAAUUUUCAACAACACACGAUAUCUAAAAGGUUGCCAUAAAAUAACUGAAAACACAACGUCGCCGUUAAAUCGUAAAUUAACAUUUCGACCCAGACGAGAUCUUGGUGCGUCGUGGACGAAGUGUUACGAGUGAUUCUGUGAUACUUUCGAGAUCAUUCCAACUGUCUCUCAUCUCAUCGAAAAACAAUUAUCUGUUAUGUGAUUUCGGUACGUUUUCAUCUAAGUGUGUUUUUGGUGCAAUUUUUUUGUGUUUUUAUUUUUAUAAUGGUACAGCAUAAUGGCCGGCCAUGUUUGCCGGGUCAAAACGGAGGUCAUCGAAUGUCCGAAUUAUGCAGAUUUUCCAUGAGCUAAAAGCCCAAUUUCCUACCAUUCCCGAUUACAUCAUUACCUCUUGCAUAACGUCCCAUGUGUCCGAACCUCGUCUGAAUCUACACGAGCUUGUCCAAGCAGCUGCUGCCAAAGAGCAAAAUCAGAUGGGACGCCCGUCAAUUCAAAUUUCAUCACCCCCCUUUAUCCCAACUCCUGUAACAACGAAGACGCUCCUGGAUCCAAAACAAGAGAAUCGCAUCUCUGAAGUAAGUCAGAGCGGUUCCGAACGAAUCGUAGACAGCGACAUGAACCACGGUUCUGGUGAUACGAAUCCGCCAGCAUUGAAACCAAGUGCUACUGAAGAUGUGCCAUCAAGUGACAUAAAAAGUGAUAUAAGUGGAACUGCGGCCAAACGACCAAACACAUUGGACAUUAACAAAAAAACAAACGAGCAAAAUGAACGGCAGCGACGGUUGCAGUUAUCGGAAAAGUGUCGUGAUGUGCAUAAACUGUUGAAUUCUCCCAUUUUAGCGGACAAACCUCCCAGGUCUCCUUUGAGUGCGAAACGAUUCGCCACCAAGCAGGUUCCAAGGAAAGAUUCCCCGACUUUGGCCUCACCCAAAAAGGAGACUGUGUCAACCCCCACUCAAACGACUGACACCCUAGUGAAUAACAUCCCAAUAAUCAGCCCUAGCUUAAACCUAUCUUUGAACGUCAACUGCCAAAUGGGACUAGUUCAAAGUCCCACCAGGCCCAAAUGUAGCACAAGAGUCGAUCUAACCCCCACACAACCCUGGUUAAGUCCCAGUCCAGCAUUAUGCGAUACAACGUCCCCACGUAGUUUUACCAGCGUCAAUUUGACACUGAGGCCUCCAACCUCUACUCCUCAGGAUCCCAUCGAUAUCACCUCUCAAAACUCCAGCUUAACCUACUCAACCAGUAGUUUCGAUAAGGAGAAAGGACUGCAGAGUCUGUUGCAAAUCACGGUGGGACCUGGAAAUGUUGGAAGUGUUUCAUCAGUGAGAACGCGACCAAAGAGUUUUCAUUUGGGAGAAAGCUCGAUCGAGACUGUUCCUGCUAGGGCUGCAUCCUUAAACAAUUUGACUGCAACAGGCAUUGAAGCUCCAGUGCUACUUAGGCAACAAGCUCGGAUAGAUCGGACGAAAAUAGAGCUACAGACUGGUAACUCAAGGCUGGUGAUCAUGAGACAACAGGUGGAAGACUUAGAGAAAAAGAUGCAGCAGGCUGCACAGUUACGAGCAACUGCCGAAAUAGAGAAGCAGCUGCAAAAAGAAAUCAACCAUUUAACUUUCCAGUGCAAGCGGCUGGCCGUUAUGCUGGAUAAGGCUACUUCACAAGGUGAAUUUUACAAUAGCAUAUACACAGGACCCACCGGUCCUUUGCUUGGUGCUCAACAUCCUCGCUCAACCUCCACUCGACCUGCCCAAUCGAACCACAGACAGACCAGGAGUCGAUACCUCGACACGAUCGACUUCCAAGAAAUAGAACGCCCAAAGUGGAACUGUACUGUUUGUACAUUCCUCAACCAUCCAGAUCUGGACAAAUGCGAAGAAUGUGACAUGCCCCGCGUGUACCAUGGUAGGAGAGUCACAGAUUUAACACUAGAUGCUCUGAAGCAUUUGCCUAAUCCUGCUGACCUGGACGUGUCUUUCGACAUGUUCCAAAAGUCGGCCCAUGCACUUAGGAAAAGUGUUCGCUCCGGCGCUCACAGCUUGCCGCACAUCACUAACCAUUCCCCACUGACUACGAGUGAAAUGCUACGAAGACUGAAGUUACCCAAUAAUAUUAACCAAGCGAUAAAUAUAACUAACAUAGUUCCUCUUUCUAGUAAUGCGUCCGCUCCUAAUGCUAUUCAGUUGCCGAUGAACACUAAUAGCAGCGACGCAUGAAUUUCUGAGCAAAUUUUCUGGUUUUUGCAAAACUAACACUUGUGAUAAAUGAAAAUAUAGUAACCUUAAACAAGGAAAAGGCAAUAGUUUCACAAUACACACGGGGAACCAUUUGUAGCAUAAACAUUUUUUUAUGAAAAAAGGUUCAAAUGUUUUGGUUUGUUUUAAAUGUGCCGUCCUAAAUGUGAAGUUCUUCAAAUUUCUUGCUAGUUCUUGGUGUCCUAACACAUAACAUGAUACAAACGAUGCUCCAUAAGUGCAUAUUUUUAGGCAGAGUUUUUAUUAACGAUAUAUUAUAAUUCUUGCGGAGUAAUUGAGCGGCAACUUGAAAAUAUUGUUUUAAAUAUUGAUACUGAUAAAAACUACUCAAAACUAGUAGGAAGCUAAGUAAUACUUCAAAAAAUCCGUUUUAUAACAGGUUUGGCUAUGGCUAACAAUGUUCUUUCAACAUUGCAGUACACAACUUUAUAUGAUUGUUUUGAGUAGUUAUUUAUUUGCUUGUUGCCGGAGGGUACAAAUAUAAAAUGCUCAACAAAAUAGACGUUACACGGACAAAUUUUGGAACUAGAUAAAUUCUAAUCGCUCAGCGAUUUGAUUUCUGUUUGGAGCGUUAUUUAGUGCAAUUUAUUUUCGGUUAGUUGUGCGUGUUUUUGCAAAAGAUUAAAAGUUGAGAUAGUUUCUACGAUCUGGCAAAUGAAACAAUGCAAAAUUGGUGAGCGUUCCACAUGUUACCAGUGGACAAAAAGACGUUUUUUUCUCAAUACCUUCGCAUAUCUAAAAAAAAUUCAAUUUUUCUACCAUCAAGUUUAUUUAUAGUGGCAUCAAAAAAAACUUUUUGGUCCAGUAGUGAUAUAUUUUUCCCUCUUGAGCCGAUUUUUUAAAUCUAUUACUCAUGUUGAGGUUAAAAUUGUUAAUGGCCUAGCGAAAAAAUCAAAAUACCGGGUUGUAUGACUUAAGGAAAUAUUUGAAAGUGAACUUCACUUUAGUUGCAUCUGCUAGAAUCACAGAUUUCGGGGCCAAUUCUUUGUCCCCAAAAUCUGGGAUCUGAAUCCCCAAAAAAUGAGUCAUUUUUCAUGCAAUCCUGUACAUAUAUGGAAUUUUUGUUUUACAUUGCCUGUGAAAUUUUAGCUUCAACUUGAGCUCAAGAUCGUGAAACUUGCUCCAAGACCAGAAAAGUUAUCAAUGCAAGAUCAACAAGUUGAUUUUUGAAGCCACCCUGUAGAUACAAGAGACAACCGAAAAAAUCGAAAAUUGUUUCGAGCUAUUUGGUUUAUCUUUAAUAUUUUGCUGUUGAGAUCCAAAAGACCUUAUUUGUGUCCAAUUAAAAGCAUGCCGAACUGUCGGCAAUUUUGCAUUUUCCAUUUGCCACCCUGUGGAAAAUUGAUCUGAGGUACUUAAUUUUUAUCAAGACAUCAAGGAACAAAAAACAAAUGGCGUUCAAUAAUGCUUCAAAUAGAAACGAAAUCGCCCGAAGUAAUCAGAAUUUAUCCACUUCUAAAGUUAGGACAAAGUUGGCUGUGUAACGUUCAUUUGGUCGGGACGAACUAGUGAUAACCGUUGGUGAUUAAAUCUAGAAAUUAUUCAGAGUUUUAAAAUGCAGUAUCAUACAUUGUAGAGGAGGACGCGUUUUCAUAAAAUCGAAAACCAGCAAAAGACAUAGUUCCGAACCAGCUGCAUUUAGAACAAAUUAUAUAAAUAAUGCGCAACUUUACAAAUGAAAUAAAUUACUUUUUUGUGACUGGACUUGCCAAUUACUGCUGUUAAACAAAUAAUUCUUCCUCCAUUUUUUAAGUGAUUCAGUGAUUUAGAUUAUUUUUUACCACUGUAGGUUCUAGGUGUUCCGGCAAUGUACGAUACUCCACCAUUUAUAUUAGUUAAUAAGAGUUAAAUGUGAUAUAAAGUCAAUGUAAAAUAACUCGCACAGGGGUUGACUCAAAUUGUUUAUUUUGUACAUUUGGUAACCAAAUGUUAUUUUAAUAAACGUGAUUAAAUUUUAAA